AUGGUUUUCCCACAGACUGCUCUGCUGGCUCUGGCUAGUGUUUCUCUCUGGUCCCCUGCACUCUGCGAACAAGUCUGGCCGAACGCUCGCACUGACCGUUUAGAGUGGCUAUUGUACGAGCAAUUGGGUGGUUACGCUAGCCCGGGCAUUGCCUUUUUUGUUCAUGACUGUGUUGGCAUAGGCAACGAAACCCAAGGGAUAAAUUUUGGGGCAGAAUGGCUGAGGAAUGCUUACCACGACAUGUCGACAGCGGAUACCAUCGCUGGGACAGGAGGACUAGAUGGCUCGAUCAUUUACGAGUUGGACCGAGCAGAGAAUGUGGGCAACGCUUUCUCGGAGACACGAGAUAGUUUUUCCGGCUUGGUGACAACCAGGUCUUCCUUGGCAGACUUGUUCGCCCUCGGUGCCACCUUUGCGAUUGGGGCUUGCUCCAAUGGUACUAUGAUCAUCCCCCUCCGUGCUGGAAGGAUAGAUGCCAGAGAAGCGGGACCAGCGGGUGUCCCUGAACCGCAGCAAGACCUUGCCACUCACACCGCAUCUUUUGCAAGGCAAGGCUUCAAUGCCACUGAGAUGAUUGAACUUGUGGCGUGUGGACAUACCAUUGGCGGUGUACAUGGCGUUGAUUUUCCUGAAAUCGUCCCCUUUGUGCCUAAUGAUGAUCCGGAUGAUGAGCACACCAGCAGUUUUGACACGUCAUACCACUUCUUUGAUAACAAGGUGGCUACCGAGUUCAUCAGCAAUACAACCAAGAACCCCCUCGCAUCUGGAGCGAAUGUCACUACUCGAUCAGAUGAGCGUAUUUUUAAUUCGGAUGGCCGUGUGACUAUGAGAAAGCUGGCUGAGUCUAACGACUACUUCACAUCAAGAUGCAGCAUCCUACUGGAACGUAUGCUGAACACAGUACCAAAGGAGGUGGUUCUCACUGAGCCCAUCGACUAUUACCCCGUCAAGCCUCGAGCAGCCCAGAUUGACAUUAACGCCAAUGGAACUAUGACUUUCUCAGGGGUCAUAAGAGUCGAAGAUUCCUUGCUCACCAGCCCCAAUACCCAAGUCCGACUACAUUUCGUUCCUCGAAAUGGCUCUCAGUGCUCGGAUGCGACGCCCUGCAGCGUUACCAAUGGUAUCGCAGGCAACUUCGAACAUGCUACCUGUGUAUACACAAAAUGCCCUGCAACCUUUAGUUUUUUCGAAUACUCGUUAGUCGUUCCCUCUGGACAAGGCGCUUCAUCCUUCGUGGUUGAGAUUGCCGACGGUGACACAGGAGCUUCGGUCAUCCACGACAAUAACGGAAACGGGUUUCCUACUGGGGAGUCGCUUCAGCCCCAAUACAAAUUAUCCACCCAGCAGACCUUUCUCAUUCCCGGCCCCGACAAUACAUUCAUCAGCAAGCAACAGCUCAACCUAACUGUGGCGGUGUUGAAUGCCGAGCGAUUUACCAAUGUUACCGCCAUCUUUUACGAACACAAGAUUCCGGGGGUGAAUACUGGAGGUUGGAAUACAGAGUCUGUAGAGUUAACGUUGUCCCAAAAGGUCGAGGGUACCAACUUUACUUAUUAUACGACUUCAUACGCACGUACGUUUAAUGAUGCUAUAGGCCCUCACCCAUUUGAUCUUGUGGCAACAGGGCCGGGGGUAAGUAUCUCAAAUGAUUUUAUCGAUUGGAAUGGGUUUACAUCGAUUUUGUAA